GCAGGACGGGAACUUCUGCUCAGGCCCAUGGCCAAGAACAUCUAGCUGGAAAGCCUGCAAUAUCAGCCACAGAUCCUGGAGAGUCCCGCGGCUCCCGCGGCUCCUGUGGCAUUAGCUCUAAACAUGAGGCGAGUCCCAAAGAUGAGACUGUUCAAGUUGCUGAUUUUCUUGGCCCACUGGCGAGUCACCAGGGCCGAGCCCGGGAAGUUCUGGCACAUCUCGGACCUGCACCUUGACCCUGACUACAAGGUAUCUGAAGACCCCCUCCAGGUGUGCCCAUCAGCUGGCUCCCAGCCGGUGCCCAAUGCAGGCCCCUGGGGUGACUACCUCUGCGACUCGCCCUGGGUCCUCAUCAACUCCUCCAUCUACGCCAUGAAGGAGAUCGAGCCCAAGCCAGACUUCAUCCUCUGGACCGGUGAUGACACACCUCACGUACCCAACGAGAAGCUGGGAGAGGCGGCCGUGGUGGGAAUUGUGGACCGCCUGACCAGGCUCAUCAGAGAGGUCUUUCCAGACACUAAAGUCUACGCUGCUUUGGGGAAUCAUGACUUUCACCCCAAAAACCAGCUCCCCGCAGGAAGCAACAGCAUCUAUGAUCAGGUAGCAGAGCUGUGGACACCAUGGCUCAGUAACGAAUCCAUCGCUCUCUUCAAAGAAGGUGCCUUCUAUUCUGAGAAGCUGCCUGGACUGAGUGGGGCUGGGCGAGUCGUGGUCCUCAACACCAACCUGUACUAUAGCAACAACGAGCAAACAGCUGGCAUGGUCGACCCCGCCCGGCAGUUCCAGUGGCUGGAAGAUGUGCUGACCAAUGCAUCCCGAGCUAAGGAAAUGGUGUACAUUAUUGGCCACGUGCCCCCAGGGUUCUUUGAGAAGACGCGGAACAAAGCUUGGUUCCGGGAGGGCUUCAAUGAGGAGUACCUGAAGGUGGUCCGGAAGCACCACCGCGUCAUCGCGGGGCAGUUCUUCGGGCACCACCACACCGACAGCUUCCGGAUGUUUUAUGAUGACUCAGGUGCCCCCAUCAGUGUCAUGUUCCUUACACCGGGGGUCACCCCAUGGAAAACCACCUUACCUGGAGUGGUCAACGGGGCCAACAAUCCAGGCAUCCGGGUGUUUGAAUAUGACCGAGCCACACUGAGCCUGCAGGACAUGGUGACCUACUUCGUGAACCUGAGCCGGGCGAACGAAAAGGGGACCCCGCUCUGGGAGCUUGAGUACCGGCUGACCGAGGCCUACCGGGUGCCCGACGCAGGCGCCCGCUCCAUGCACGCGGCGUUGGGCCGCAUCGCCAGCGACCCCGGCAUGCUGCAGCGCUACUACGUCUACAACUCGGUCAGCUACGACCGCGAGCCCUGCGACCCGGCCUGCCGCGCCGAGCACGUGUGCGCGCUGCGCGAGGUGGCCUUCGACGCGUACGCCGCCUGCCUGCGCGCCCCCGGCGUCGCGCCCGCGCCCCGGCUCGCGCUGCUGCUCGCGGCGCUGCUGGGCCUGCGCGCGCUGCUUGCGCCGUGA